AUGGAACAAGGUCCUUAUUUCAUCUAUGUUAAGCCGCUUUUCAUGAAAUAUUGGUCCAUUGAUUUUGAGUUAACAACUGAUUUGCUGCGUGUUUUACCCCUUUGGAUCACUCUGUCGAAUCUGCCACUACAUCUAUGGGGGAGCAAGAGCAUCUCCAAGAUAACGAGUGCGGUGGGGAGACCUAUCACUACGGAUGAAUGCACGACUAGGAAACUUAGGAUAUCCUAUGCAAGGGUGUUAGUGGAGGUUGACAUUACUAAACCGGUCAAGGAGUCAGUUACCAUCCAGGGGCAUAAUGGUAAGGAAUGGGAGCAGAAAAUAGAAUAUGAGUGGAGGUCAAAAUACUGCCAGACCUGCCUGAAGAUUGGACAUGACUGCUCUAUCAAGAAAGGAAUCGGACAACAGAAACAGGUACAAAAAUUUUGGAAGCCAGCCACAAAACCUGUAACUGUGGCACAGAAGCCUGAGAAUCUAGCUGAGGAACCAUUUAUAGAGAGCAGUGAACCAUACAAGGCUACACCAGAAGAGGCAUGGACUGUUAUUGGGACCAAUAAAAUGGACAAAGCUAAAAAGAAGAUCAUCUUCACACCUUCUAAUGAGAUGCUUGUUCAGAACAUCUUCACACCUCUUGGAAAUGGAACUAUCCUAGAGUGGGGGGGGGGGGGGGGGGCAGCACUAUCAAAUGAUCUCAACUUGGAAUGUAAGGGGCAUCAUUGGAAUGUAAGGGGCAUCAAUAAAGAAGCUAGGCAUCGAGAAGUUAAUUCCUACUUCUCUACUUUUAAGGUACCUAUUAUUGCCCUGCUUGAGACUAGGGUUAAGAAGGAUAAUGCUAGUAAAAUAAGAAGGAAGUUUGGUAACUACUGGUCAUACUUAGACAACUAUUCUCACCAUCAUAAUGGGAGGAUUUGGUUGAUGUGGAAGGACCAGGAAGUCAUAAUCAAUAUGUUACAAUGUGAGGAACAAUUUCUUCAUGUGGAAGUAAAGAAUUUUGACAAUAAGGUUUUGUAUUAUGCCACUAUAGUGUAUGCUUUGACAAUAAGUUCUAUGGGGUCAAAUUGA